GAAUGCACCACGGUGUCACGUGACAUAAAUCAGACAUGGCGUCCUCCCGAAGACGGCUAGUGUGUUUACGCUCCGGGAUUUGGAGCUUGUUACUUUACUGCGUUUACUCCCAUUUGAAGCUUGUUCUGUCGGAGGAGGUGGACAGCUGCGACACCCUCAGGCUCGGACAGUAUCUCUGCAACGACCCGACGAUUGACGAAGCCACCCAGGAGCCGAGCAACUGCAGGGACACGACGGCCUGGGUGGAGUGCCUUCCAGCUCCGAACAUCAGCUGUCGUUUCUCUAACGGGACAGAGUUCAGGUUCAGCGGGGAGGAGGUGGGCUUCAACAAAACCAUCCCCUGCAGGAACGUGAGUGGUUAUUCCUACAAAGUAGCUGUGGCUUUGUCUCUGUUCCUGGGCUGGCUCGGGGCAGACCGCUUCUACCUGGGAUACCCUGCUCUAGGACUGUUGAAGUUCUGUACCGUCGGGUUCUGUGGAAUCGGCACUCUGAUCGACUUCAUACUGAUCGCCAUGCAGAUAAUUGAGGCCGGAGAUCCAUCACGAGGAGGUGCGCAGGGGGUCCAACGAUGGAUGGCUGGAUGGAUGGAUUCAACCCAAGUGAUCGUGGGCCCCGCGGACGGAUCGUACUACAUCGUGGAUUAUUACGGCGCCCGGCUGACCCGCCUGUCCAUCACCAACCAGACCUACAGGAAGCCACACCUGUCUCUGUGAACGCACGCCGUCCAUAUUGUAAAUACAGAGGACUGCACUCAGAGGAUAGACUCAACUUUAUCGACACACUGAAGAGUGAACAGUUUAAGGCUCAAAGGAGGUCGGAGGGCAUUUAAAGGGCCAGCGCAUGUCUUUAGACCGUGAGCUCACACACUGUACAGCUGUAGGUUGCCUUUCUGUCUUCACAUCUGUCCAGCUGCUCAGUUUUUCUGUUUUUUUUAAUGAUUUAGUUGUAAUAUAUUGUAUUAUUAUUAUUGUGACAUUGUUGUCCGACAUUGCUGUUCAAUCCUUUAAGUUAUGAUGCUUUUUUAAGUUAUGACUUUGUAAUAAAAAGUUUCUUUUUGUG